AUGCUACAACUCUUUCCGGUUCUACAAUUUCUUCUUAACUUCUUCCUGUCUGUUACGGCGAAAACAAUCGAUAAUAAAUUAAUAGGAAUGCCUGAAGCAGUAUGCGGACCGGAGAAUAUAACGAUCGAAGGUACAACCGAAGAAUCAUUUGAAGGUGUUGUUUUCAUCAAGAAUUGGCGACGGAGCAACGGAUGCGCUGCGAUCUAUACACUCAACGAAAACACUACGACACCGUCACUUUCAAUUCCCAUAAAUCGUAUAGGUCAAUGUGGUUUGGUGUUACGAAGGAAUUCUGAAACAAAAGAAGUUGAAAUAUUUGUGGUAUUCGUCUUCAGUUUUCAUCCAAAUUUUGUGACUGCCGACGAUCGUUCUUUUGCGGUACAUUGCAUUUUUCAACAGCAAUCUUUCAAGGUCGCAACCAAAUUCAAUUUCAUAGCAGAAAAGAGUACAAGUGGUGUAAUUAAUGGAAUAGCUGAUAUACCAAUUAUGAAAUUAACGGUUGUUCAGGGACGUGUACCGGAUCCAAAUAUGGAACCGGCACGAUUAGUCUCUGUUGGUGAACCAUUGAUGUACAUUUGGCAUUUGAACUCUAAAGCAGGUAUUUACGGUGUAUGGAUAAAGGAAUGUUCAGUGGAAGCAGAAGAUGGCCGUAAGAUGAAAAUAAUCGAAAAUGGAUGCUCCUUGGAUUCUGUUAUUGUAUCAAAUGUACAGUACCCAGAAAAUAACCUUAAGGCAUUUGCUGACGGAUUGGCAUUUAAAUUUCCGGAUGCUGAUGAAGUAUGGAUAUCAUGUGCAGUUGCUACAUGUUUGCGAAAAUUCGAUCAAUUUAUUGUCACUAAUAGUACUGAUUAUUUGUGUCCUAAACAACCAGAUUGCUCUAAACGAAUAAAACGAUCGAUGGAAAAAGAAGAGAAGAGAAUUGAAAUUUAUUCAACAGACAACUUAGUACAUCAUAAGCUUCAUGUCACUGAUCAACCUGUUCAUACCUUACCUUAUCAAAGUAUGGGAGAGAAGACAUUGAGGCUCUAUAAUGGAAUUUGUAUUAAUAAGAAAUUUUUUGCCGGAACAUUUGCUGCCUUAACAACGGCAUAUUUGGCUACAAUAACGGUAGCGGGUAGUUUUGGCUUAUCGAUCUAUCGAUCUCAGAGUAAACAAUAA